AUGUCCAAACGCACCAAGAAAAGCAAACAACCAAAAGAACCUGCUACAAACUCGUCAAAUUGGACCGAGCUUGAGAUGAAAGUUCUCACUGAGUGUUGGAUCGAUGCUACAGAAGAUCCAUACGUCGGCAAAGACCAAUCUGUUGAUUCUUUUUGGGGGAAAAUCAUAGAUAAGUACAAUGCAAGAUUCCCCAACAACUCAAUAAACCACAAUCAGAUAAGUGGCAAGUGGAGAAAGAUCAGAACAAAUGUGUCAAAGUUCAACGCAAUCUGGAAAGGCUAUGAUGGUUAUCGGUACAGUGGUGAGAACGAUGCCCAAGUAAUGGAGGAAGCGCGUUCAGAGUACUUUACUCAAACCAAAACUCAGUUUACCAUGUACGAGUGUUGGUUGCUUGUGAAAGAUAAGCCAAAGUUCUUCGCUCCAUCCGGAUACUUAUACGCGCCCCCUACUAAGUCAAAGGCAUCACGAACAUCUGCUUCUUCCGAUGCGGGGUCUGCUCGUUCUUCAGCUUCCGACCUAGCCGCCCGACUCGACCGACUUGGGUGUAAAAAGGAGGCGGUGUUGAAUGAACAACAAAUGUCCUUGGCUGCCAUUCGUGAGGAAGAAAGGAAGCGCACCAUGUAUACUGCUCUUUCUUUCAUGGACAAAACAAAAUGUGAUGAUGAGGAGAAGAAUUACAUCAAGGAAGCCAAGAAGAAACUCAUGGCGGACUACAAAGACUUCCUUUUCAGUCCCAAUUAG